UGUAGCUUCAAGUAGAGGCAAGUGUGCCUAGUGCUUGAAGAUUUCUAGGAAACAAUCACGACAGGCAAGGAAUGGGAAUUUAAUUUGUACUUAAAGUUUACUAGGAAAUAUAAGACAAUGGGAGCGGGUGCAUCAGGCCACCAGGUGCUCUCCAUACAAGACAGGAUCAGGUUGAACACCCAGGUACACAGGAUUGAUGUCUCUGAAGGAGUGGCUUCAAAUCCUGCACAGCUGCAGAGGCCCAAAAUGCAGAGACAGAAGGGUAUACAUGGGUACUGUGGGACAUCCGAGGAACGCGAGGAAAUCGACUGCCUCAAACUGAGUGAGGCGCGUAAACUGAGAAAGAAAAUUCGUGAGCAGAGAAAUGCUCGGAUUGGAUUUGUGAAUGAAAUUUGCAGGCUGCCUGCAGUGAGUCCUGCUCCAGGUCUGAUGCAAGAUCGGUCCACGUUAUAUCAAGCCAGUAAAUAUCACCAGCAUACAGACCGUUUUAAUACAAACACUACAGACAGUGACAUCAGUGACUUACACCUCCCUCCUUCCACGCCAGUUCAGGGCCGCGCAACACCCGAGAGUCGCUGGAGCAUGUGCAGUAUUGCAACCCAUACAGACAGGCUGAAAGACAUUGAGAGUGAUGUAAGCUCAGAGAACGGCUUUAGCCGUGAGGGGAGUCAAAUAUCUCUUGUAAGCAACCCAAUGAUCACAUCCAAGCCACCCCUGGCUCCAAAUAACAGGAUGCUACUGCGGCCGUUCAGGGUGAAAGAACACCACCCCUUCAUGCUGAACCAAGCAAGUUCAGAUUCUGGUGAACUCCCAGGAAUCCAGCUACCUAAAGUGGCAGUCAAUUAAUAUUGUGGUGGAUACUUUCAAACCAAGGAUAGAAAUAACAUGAGGCACUACGGUAUACUGUGCAGGGUGGAUACAAGUACCUCAGCCUUUUAUGGUGGAUACUUACAAAACAGAAGGAGAGAAACUAUAUUUGGCAAUAUACUGAGCAAGAUGAAUACUAAUACCUCACCAUAAUAACAUAGUUAUGGCACUUCUUGAAGAAACGAGGAACUGUAGACAUUUGUGACAAUGGAUAUGUAAAUAAAUGUAAAAUGUAGUAGAAGUGCACUUUUAUAUAAGAUUUUCUAACAGUGGAUAUGAACUGACAAACUAUAAUUCUUCCAACCAUCCAUUACCCCGUACAUGUAUAUUUAACAUCAGUGUACUUAAACAGAAAAUUCUUCUUAGAUAGAUGACAAAAUUUUGUCCUUAACAAUAAGAACCAGUGUAAAGAAUUUGUUUAUCUCUCUGAUUUAUCUGACAUGAAAGAUAACAGCAUUUACAUAGGUAGUUGACAUCAAAUUUGGCUGUUGGAUAGUGUGACUUCCAGUUUUUUACCUUCUUUGUUAAAACAAAUAAUUGUGAAUCAGGUUUUAGGUAGGUUUGCAUUUUUAUAUGUAGAGGUAAGAGCUGCAAUUUAGACAUUCUUUUGAUUUUUAGCACAUUUUGUGUCAAUUGUAAGUAAUUUAUGGAGAAAUCAAGUUGAAGAAGCAAAGUGUAUUA